UGCCCUCAGGUGGGAGUAUUUCUGUGGUCAGUUGCCCUGGAAACCAGGGAGAGAACAUUCCAUAGUUCGGCAGGCAUUAUCUCGUGACUAUCUUGUGACUCUGUACUUUUACACUUCCUGGUUUCUGGAAUCUGAACUGACUGGUUUCAGUAACUAAUGGCCUAUUCCCAAAAGGAGAAAUCUUAGGCCUUAAUUUUAGGGUGAAAGCAUUUUGGUCUUAUUUCUAAGAUGGCUCAUUUUGGUCUCACACUAUCAAAGAUACAGCUUUUGAGUCAGAAUUGAGAAAAUUGUUUUUUUUUUUCUUUUUUGAGCAGGCUUAGCAGUAAGGUGUGGUGGAAGCUCUGAAAAUAACAACAUUGAAAAGUUUUAAUCCCCCGCCUCCCCUGCGAAAAUGGCCACUCACGGGGAGGUCUCUGAGCAAGUUCCCAAGUUUGAUGAUGAUUUUCUCCCUGAGCUCUCUGCUCUUCUUGGUGUGGAUGCAGCUCAGCUCACCAAGAGACAACAAGAAGAAGACCAUAAAGAACAAAUAAAAAUGAAGACAGGUUUUAACUCGCACAUGCGCAGUGAAGCCAAGCGAUUAAAGACUUUCGUGACCUAUGACACGUUCAGAUCAUGGACGCCACAGGACAUGGCAGCCGCUGGGUUUUACUUUACUGGGGUGAAACUUGGGGUUCAGUGCUUCUGCUGCAGCUUAAUCCUCUUUUGUACCAGCCUAAGGAAAACUCCCAUAGAAAGCCACAGGAGAUUGUGCCCAGGAUGCGAGUUCCUUUUGGGCAAAGACGUCGGUAACAUCGGCAAGUAUGACAUCAGGGUGAAGAGUCCCGAGAAGCUGAGAGGUGGCAAAGCAAGGUACCAAAAAGAGGAGGCCAGACUGGAGUCCUUUGAGAACUGGCCGUUUUAUGCCCAUGGGACAUCGCCCCGUGUGCUCUCAGCAGCUGGCUUUGUCUUUACAGGUAAAAGGGACACCGUGCAGUGUUUCUCCUGUGGUGGAUGCUUGGGAAACUGGGAAGAAGGAGACGAUCCUUGGAAGGAGCAUGCCAAGUGGUUCCCCAACUGUCUCUUUCUCCAAAACCUGAAGUCCUCUGCAGUAGUGAUUCCUGACCUUCAGAGUCACGGCGCACUUCCAGAGGCCACGGAUACCACAGGUGAAAGCAAUCAUGAGGAUCCAGUGGCCGUUCACUCUACGGUGGCUGAUGUUGUUCCAAGUGAAGCUCAUGAACCUGCACCUGCAUCCAGCUUUGUAUCUGUCCUCUGUAGAGAUCAGGAUCAGAGUGAAGUUCAAGGAUGUGACUGUCCAUCCAGCAGUGCCGGCCUCCUCUCCACAGACCUGGCUCAGAGUGCAGCCCAGUGGUUUCAAGAGGCAAAGAGUCUGAAACAUCUAUUGAGCAUUGCUCUAAACUUUGCUUAUGAAAGCAACACAGUGGCUGUAUGUUCUCCAUUUAUUUUGCAAUUCCUUCGAGGGAGAACACUGGCUUUGAAAGUACUGAAUUUACAGUACUUUGGGGACCACCCAGAAAGUCUGACACUGUUGAAGAGUGUAAAAGUCUCCAUAAAUGGAAAUAAAAUGCCACCCAGAGCAGGUUGCUCAGUCAUGGAAAAAUGUUUUGAAACAUUACAGCCACCAACCAUAGAUGAGGAUUAUGCAUCUGCCUUUGAACAUAUGAAGGAAUGGGAGAAAAAUAUAUCUGAAAAUGAAGCUAAAAUGAGAAGUUUUAUGAAUGAUAAACUCCAGCAUCCACCCAACAUCAGUGCUGGCUACUGGAAACUGUCUCCCAAGCCGUACAAGAUCCCUAGGCUGGAAGUUGGAGUAGCCAACAUGGGUCCAGCAGACCCAGCACUGCUCCAGGUCCUAAAGGAAAUCUCAGCAUCACAGAAUAUCGAGCUCCAUUUGAACCACAGCAGUGGCUUUCUUGAAAGCAUCCGCCCAGCUCUGGAGCUGAAUAAGACCUCUGUCACCAAGUGCUCCAUGUGCAGACUGGAGCUCAGCGCAGCAGAACAGGAGCUGCUUCUUGGCCUGCCUGCCCUGCAGUCUCUUGAGGUCUUAGGGACAAACCAGUUACCAGGUAUCCCCGGGUGUCACAUAGCCUGGGUAGAUGUCUUAUGUAACCCAUUCAAGAAUGAUCCCCUAGAAGCCGAGAGUGCACAGGCUCUGGGUUCUCUCAGGAACCUGGAGGAACUGCUCCUUCCCAGUGGGGACGGGAUUCACCACGUGGCCAAACUGAUUGUCUGGCAAUGUCUGCAGCUUCGGUGUCUCCGAGUUCUUGCCUUUAAGGAGACCUUGGAUGACGACAGUGUGAUGGAAAUUGCCAAGGGAGCAACCAGUGGAGGUUUCCAGAAACUUGAGAACUUAGAUCUUUCAUUGAAUCACAAGAUUACAGAGGAAGGGUACAGACAUUUCUUUCAAGCCCUGGACAACCUGCCAAACUUGCAAAUGCUCAACAUUUCCAGGCAUCUCCCAGAAUCCAUCCAAGUUCAGGCCACCACUGUCAAGGCUCUGAGUCAGUGUGUGUCCCGACUGCCCAGCCUCACCAUUCUUCAGAUGUUCAGUUGGCUCCUGGAUGAAGAGGACAUGAAAGUGAUUAAUGCUGUGAAGGAGAGACACUCUCAGUCCAAACGCUUGACUGUCUUCUGGAAAUGGAUACUGCCCUUCUCUCCUGUCAUUCAGAAGUGAAGGAUCCAGCCGAGGGCUACUGGCAGUUCUAAAUACCUAAUUGUACUUAGUUGUUUUUGCUCUUUGGGGGGGGGGAACCACCACCCAGCUCCCAAAUAAGUCACACACAGAGGUUUAUUCUUAAUUAUACAUACCCAGCCUUAGCUUGGCUUGUUUCCUGACAGCUUUUCUUUUACUUUUUUUUUUAAGUUUUUUUUUCAUUUUUCUUACCAAGCACAGUUCCCACUCUCUUCCCCAAGCUCCCCCCUACCUCACCCCACCCCUCCUCCCAUCCACUUCUCAGAGAGGGUAAAGCCUCUCAUGGACUGUCAACAACGUCUUUGCCAGCUUUUCUUAACUGUAAUUUAUUCCCAUCUAUCUUUUGCCUCUGGACUUUUACCUUUCUUCUUACUUCUGUAAAUCUUACUUUCACUCUUAUUCAGUGGCUGGCCGUGUGGUUGGGUGGCUGGUCCCUAGCAUCUGCCUCUCUUUGAUCUCUGUUGCUCUUUCUUCCUUUUUCACAGAUUUCUCCUUCCAUGUAUUCUGUCUGGCUCCCAGCCCCACCUAGCCCUUUGCCUGCUCUCUAUUGGCCGUUCAGCUCAUGAUUAGUGCAUCAGGGGUUUUAGACAGGGAAGCAACACAGCUUCACAGAGUUAAACAAAUGCGACAGAAGCCAAGUUAACACACCUUAAAAUAAUACCUAUAAUACCUAAUUUCCUAAUACAUUUCACCCUUGCUGAGUAUGGUGGUACACACCUGUGCUCUCAUCAUAUAGGAGACUGAGGUGGGAGAAUCAGGAGGUUCAGGGCAGCCUUGGUUACAUCGGAAGAUCCUGUCUCAAAACCAAAGGCACAACUAACCAUCAUAUUAAAGGACAUUCAUUAACUGUGUAGACUGAUGAUUAUUAAAGCCUGCAUGCCCAUCACUGAACGUAAAGCAAUGAUGAGCAGUCCUGGUAUGGUCCUAAAAGACUAGAGCCGCACUCGAUUUCAUGCCAAGAACCCACCAUUACCAAGGUCAACAGGAAGGGGCGGGGAAGGGAGCAUUGAUCUAUGUAAAAGCCACAAGGAAGGAGCAUUUGAUGGAGGUAAGAAAUGGCCAGUUUAAGGAUGACUGCGUUCCACCCAUGAUGAAGCAUGGGUCGAUUUUAGCACAGGAUGUAGACGACUCUUUCCAGAGAUGCUCUUUAGUCUUUGCAGGGGCAGGGCUUCUGUAUAGUCACCAGCCUUGGUGUGGCCAUGCUUGCUCACACCAUCUCCCAUCCAUUGCCAAUGUGAGGAAGAAAGUGGGCUUAGAGAAAACUGCUUUUGUUCCAGAGGCUUUUGAGAGCUUUGCAUGUGAUGUAAUGACUUUAAGUCUUUCUUUCUUGUUCCUUUCUAGGUUUUUUUUUUUUUUUGAGACAAGGUUUCACUAUGUAGCUUUUAAUGCCCUGGAACUGAAUAUGCAGACCAGGCCUACCUGGAACUUACAGAGAUCUGCCUGCCUCUGCCUCCUGAAGGUUGAUAAUUU